AUACGUACGCUCUUCGGCAGGGUGCAUGACGUAUAAUAUUGAGUACAAAUGUGCUCGUUAAUUAAUUAAAUUGUUUAAGUUAAGUUAAAUUUGUGACCAGUCGUUAUGUGUAUUUAUUGUUUUGUAGGCUCUAUUGUCUACUUGAUAUGCUUUCCUGCGAGGACGGACGUGGGUAUUCAAAUACUAUAUGUGAUACGGUGUGUGCUGCGCGAGAGACGUCAUCAUGCGGCGUCCCUUCGACAUCGGAGUCGCCCUGCUCGUCGUCCUGCUGGCUGUUGGCCAACAGCUACAGAACUCGGUCGCGAUCAACUCACCCGCCAAGAAGACGAGCGGUGGCUCGUUCAGCGUGUGGUUUCGUGCCGAGCCCGGACUGCCCCGCAAGAAGGACAUGAAAGUCGACAAGCUCAACCGACUCAUCGGUGCCGAUUACAACGAAAUGUGGAUGAGCAAAACGGCAAUCGUAAUAACGGCAGACCGUAGAAACGCGUCGGGCGUGGCUGGCGUCAAGUCAUUUGAGACGACCGGACCGGACAACCUACAGCUUCCGGAACAACUUCCGGCCCAGUACCAAGAGAUGAUGCGCACUUGGUUGGUGCACCGGAGCUCGUGUCCGGUCGAAUACGGGUGGGUGGACCUGGGCAAGUCAUUUUGGCCCAGGUGGAUAAAACAGGGUCGCUGCGGUCGUUCAGAAACGAUGAGCUGCAGUUGGCCGCCGGGCAUGUCAUGUAUGCCUUCGUCCAUCAGAGUACUCAACCUGUUGCGGUGGCAUUGUUGGUUAAAAAACAGAAAAAAUAAGAAGAAAAAUCGGGAGAGAUUGGAAUUGGCGUUCAACAAGACGAGAGGGCACGGGGCAAGAGGCAGGAGAGCCGUCGGUCAGAGGAAAAGUAAAAAAAAGGACGAUAAGUUCAGAUGUCUGUGGAUUAAAGUCCCAUAUCCUGUGACUGAAGACUGUACGUGUUCGUGUAGAAAACUUGAUGAAUAAUCUAAACAAAACGAUUGCAAAUCUAUAGUGUCACGCAGUUCAAUCUUUUAAUUCCGUUCCUGGACGGAUGAAAUACUAUAAUAAUAAAUUACUUUUUCAAAAUUAAAAUAAAAAUAAUUCAUCAACCUGAA